AAGUAGAAUUAUUAUGGCUCGCCCCAGUUAACUCAGCUCAGCAGCUCUCUGGGCUUCAAUUCAUUGUCUAUAUCCACCAUUGAUUCUGACUUGUGUUAGUAGUUGAUAUUAAAUAUGGAAGACAUAGAAAAUGAGGUCAGUAUUUCCACAGUAGAAAUGCACACCGGUGGACAGCCUCUACGCAUUAUAACAUCUGGCUAUCCUUCGAUCCAAGGUAAAAGUAUCCUUGAAAAGCGCAAAUAUGUCAAGGAAAACCUAGAUUACCUUCGCAAGAUGUUGAUGUUUGAACCAAGGGGACAUUUUGACAUGUAUGGUGCCUUAAUUGUGGAUCCUGAUUUCGAACAAGCUGACCUAGGAGUGUUAUUCCUGCACAACGAAGGGUAUAGCACCAUGUGUGGCCAUGCUGUUAUCGCUUUAGGUCGAUAUGCCAUCGAUUCGGGUCUAGUAGCCACGGAUACUGCAUCGUCCACUGUUGGAGAGGUCCCUGUAUUUAUCCAAUGCCCUUGUGGUCUAGUUAAGGCCUUGGUGGAAGUAUGCGAUGGAAAAUCCGGCCGUGUUCGCUUUAUUUCUGUUCCGUCUUUCGCUUUUGCCCUCGAUGUUGAAAUAGAAACCCCGCAGUUUGGCACUAUCAAAGUAGACAUAGGGUAUGGCGGAGCUUUCUACGCGCUGGUUGCCGAAGAUCAACUCAACAUAGAUCUGCGGUCUGCUCGCGUUAAGGAUGUUGUUGAAGCAGCUAACGUCGUCACCAAGGCUGUCAAAAACAAGGUCAAACUGCAUCAUCCUGAAUCAGAUGAUCUGGCGUUUUUGUAUGGAACGAUUGUGACUGACGGCAAAGAUGGUUACAGUGAGGAUCCCGAUGACUGUACCUACAAUGUUUGCGUGUUUGCUGAUAGCCAGGUUGACAGAUGUCCAACUGGUUCAGGUGUUACAGCUCGUAUUGCAGUCCAGUAUGCAAAGAAGCUAAUUGAUUUAGGCCAGCUGCGUGCCUUUCAAGGCAUUGCAGGAUCAAAGUUUGGUGGUAGAGUUGUCAAACAAGUAAAGUGUGGUGAGUUUGAUGCUGUUCAUGUUGAAGUGACCGGACAAGCGUACUACACUGGGAAAUGUACCUUUACCAUGGAGAAGGAUGAUCCAUUAAAGCAUGGAUUUUUAGUACGUUAAGAUAUUCAACCGUUUUAUUGAUGCAUAAAUUGUCAAUUAAGUUGAUUGGGGGUCAUAAUGAUAUUAAAGGAAUUUAGGAGCAUACACGCUUCUCACAACUAGUAGAGUUAAAAACAAAAUUAUACUAUACAUAGUAAAAAUGACAGUGCUUAGAAACAUGAUAUUUAAACUUUGCGGAUCUGACUUGAAUACUGUACCACUAAGUGAUAAGUGUUAUCAAAUGUCGAAACGUUUUGAAAUUGAAACRUGAAGUUGAAUGCAAAUGAGGAUAUGAUAUCCAUAGUUCUGUAUUUAAUUUACAACCUUUUCAUAUGUAAAAUAGGAAUCGAUGCCUAUUGCGUUAUUCGUGAUCUGAUAAAUAUGCAAUCAAAUGAA